UAAGGCCCAAAAUCACCCCGGCAACGAACGGGAAACGCAUCGCAACAGUGCCAAUGCCGCCUAAAGCAGCUGCACCAAAAGCCAACCAGCGCCAAACCCCGCCACCCGAAGGGGGCGAUGCAGCAGAAGAUGCGCUCGGGGACGACUAUGACAUGCCUGUCAUUGUGAAGGUGCGGCCAGACGAUCAGCUGAAUAUCUCCCCAGAGGACCUUGAGAAGGAGGUCCCACCUCGAGUGCUCUACCCGUUGAAUCCGCGGGCAGCCCAUAAUACCACGCAAUACUCCUUCAAGGAGAAAUGCUUCAAAGUGGAUGAACAGGUGGAUCAAGUGGUGAUGCACUUCGCGAUGGACGGCUUGAUCCUUCUGAAGGAAAGUCCAGAAGCCAUGGAUCAGAUCGAGGUCCUAGAAAAGAAGGAAGCUGAACAGAACGAGAAAGAGGAGGCGGAAGCGAUCGAUGAGGACUUUGAUCCGCCCGAGAACGAGAAGGAGAUUCCCGUGAAGAAUCCCUUGCGCAAUCAGUUCAACUUCAGCGAGCGCGCAGCGCAAUCCAAGAACGCCAUCCUCAGGGAACGCGCUUGGACCACAGAGCCUCCACCUACCACCAGGAACUUUGGCACCGUGACUCAGUGGGAGAUCUUCGAUCAGUACAUGGCAGAUAUCGAAGCUGCCAAGGAGAAAGAGAAAGAUGACAAGAAGAGCGGCAAAUCGGCAUAUGACGACAUGUCCGAAAAGAAGAAGAAGUCAGACUCUGAUCCUACAUACUCUGAGAACAUGAAGUUGUCAAUUAAGAUCAUGGAGCGCAUGGUGAAUCAGAACGCGGAGAACGAGGUGUACCAUGACUUCAAGUACUGGGAAGACCGCAGCGACGAGUUCCGCGAUGGUGAGGGCACUCUGCUGCCCCUGUGGCGCUUCUCUUCUGAGAAGGCGAAGAAAAAGCAGGUCACCUGCAUCAAGUGGAACCCACACUACAGCGACCUCUGCGCCGUGGGCUUCGGCUCCUACGACUUCAUGCGGCAGGGCACCGGCGUCAUUUGUUGCUACUCCCUGAAGAACACCCGCUUCCCAGAGUAUGUCUUCAACACGGACGCCGGCGUGUGCUCAUUAGAUUGGCACCCCGCGCACCCUGCGGUGCUGGCCGUGGGCUUGUACGAUGGCACCGUCUUGGUCUACGACGUGCGCGCGCGGACGAAGAAGCCCAUCUAUCAGAGCACCGUCCGAACCAACAAGCACACGGAUCCAGUGUGGGAGGUGCGGUGGAACAACGAUGAGUCCACUGGAGCCUUGAACUUUUAUUCCAUCUCUUCGGAUGGUCGCGUCUCCAACUGGUUCCUCUUGAAGAACAAAUUGGAGAGUGAAGAGGUGAUGGAACUGAAACUGAUGGGCAGCCCGGGCACGGGCGAAGAAGAUGAGACCUCCCUGGCGGGUUUGGCGGGUGGUCUCUGCUUCGAUUUCCAUUCCCAUAGCGACCAUAGCCAUCUCUUCCUGGUGGGCACGGAGGAGGGUCGCAUCCACAAGUGCUCCAAGGCCUUCAGUGGCCAGUAUUUGGAGACCUAUGAGGGCCACACCAUGGCGGUCUAUAGCGUUCGUUGGAAUCCGUUCCACGAGAAGAUCUUCAUCUCGGCCUCCGCAGAUUGGACGGUGAAGCUCUGGAACCACGAGAAUCGCUUCGCCAUCCUCUCCUUCGACCUGUCACAGGCCAUUGGAGACGUGGCCUGGGCUCCCUAUUCCUCCACCACCUUCGCAGCCAUCACCUCUGACGGCGCCGGGGGAUCCACCAGUGGCGUGGUGCACGUCUAUGAUUUGUCCGUGAACCGCAACGACCACAUUUGCGCGCAGAAAGUCGUGAAGCGAGCGAAGCUCACGCAUGUGGCGUUCAGCAAGUCUGAACCCAUCAUCAUCGUGGGCGAUGAUCGUGGAGGGGUGAACACACUGAAGCUGUCCCCCAACUUGCGAAUCGACGUGGUUAGGACAGAUGAGACAGAUCAAAGCCUCAGCGACAUGGACAUGCAGCUGCAGAAGAUGGAGCACCUUCUGGAGAUGGUCACGGAGACCAAGACCACCUCCUGAGGUCGCGCGCCCAACGGCGCGCCGCUGACGAGACUUUUUGGCGGAGUUUGGUCGGGCGCAGUGGUUGGU